AUGGAGAAGGUGAAAUAUCAGCCCCUCGAUCAGCUCCGUUAUAUUGUUGCAAAAGAUCCGGAAUAUGAACGGCUCACUAGCGAUGACAAACUUGAGUUGGAUGAGGCGUACCGCGCUUAUCAGACUGCAGUCCAUAUCAUUGCUAUCAAGAACAAGCUUCAAAUCAAGCCUGUGUUGGAGUACCUUGGUAAUGACACCCGACCAAGACAGUAA